UGGAGACGUGCAGGCGCCCGCGUAGCUAGACGCUGAGGUGGCGGCGGUAUUGCCAACAUGGAGCUGCUGCAGAUGCCGGAGCUGAUGGGGCUGUCGCUGCUGCUUGGGCUGCUGGCCCUGAUGGCGACGGCGGCGGUAGCGCGGGGGUGGUUGCGCGCGGAGGAGGAGACAUGCGGCGGGUCCGCCGGCCAGAAAGCAAAUGGAUUUCCACCUGACAAGUCCUUGAAAUCCAAGAAGCAAAAACAGCAGCGGAUUCGCAAGGAGAAGCCUCAACAACACAACUUCACCCACCGCCUUCUGGCUGCAGCAUUGAAGAGCCACAGUGGGAACAUAUCUUGCAUGGACUUUAGCAGCAAUGGCAAGUACCUGGCCACCUGUGCAGAUGAUCGUACCAUCCGCAUCUGGAGCACCAAGGACUUCCUGCAUAGGGAACACCGUAGCAUGAGAGCAAAUGUGGAGCUGGACCAUGCCAUCCUGGUGCGCUUCAGCCCUGACUGCAGAGCCUUCAUCGUCUGGCUGGCCAAUGGAGACACCCUCCGUGUCUUCAAGAUGACCAAGCGAGAGGAUGGGGGCUAUAUAUUCACAGCCACCCCAGAGGACUUUCCUAAAAGGCACAAGGCACCCAUUGUCAACAUUGGCAUUGCUGACACAGGGAAGUUCAUCAUGACUGCUUCCAGUGACACAACUAUCCUCAUCUGGAAUCUGAAAGGUCAGGUGCUGUCUACCAUCAACACCAACCAGAUGAACAAUACAUAUGCUGCUAUAUCCCCCUGUAGCAGGUUUGUGGCCUCGUGUGGCUUCACCCCAGAUGUAAAAGUUUGGGAAGUCUGCUUUGGGAAAAAAGGGGAAUUCCAGGAGGUUGUGCGAGCUUUUGAACUGAAGGGCCACUCUGCAGCCGUCCACUUCUUUGCUUUCUCCAAUGACUCCCGGAGGAUGGCCUCUGUCUCCAAGGAUGGUACAUGGAAACUGUGGGACACAGAUGUGGAAUACAAGAAGCAGCAGGACCCCUACUUGCUGAGGACAGGCCGCUUUGAAGAAGCGAGCACCAUGUCUUGUCGCCUGGCACUCUCCCCUGACGCCCAGGUCUUGGCUUUGGCCAGUGGCAGCAGUAUUCAUCUCUAUAAUACCCGGCGGGGUGAGAAGGAGGAGUGCUUUGAGCAGGUCCAUGGGGAGUAUAUCACUGACUUGUCCUUUGACAUCACUGGCCGGCUUCUGGCCUCCUGUGGGGACCGGGCAGUGCGGCUCCUCCACAACACCCCUGGCUACCGGGCAGUAGUGGAAGAAAUGCAGGGCCUCCUGAAGCGGGCCUCCAAUGAGAGCACCCGCCAGAGGCUGCAGCAACAGCUGACUCAGGCCCAGGAGGCCCUGAAGAGCCUGGGUGCCUUGAAGAAAUGACUCUGGGAGGGACAGCAGAAAGGAGCUGGCCUUCUGCUGCCACGACUGCUGCCACUUUUCCCGGGUACUCCCCAGCUGGAACCCUUGAAAGGAGUGUUCUGAUUUUCUUAAUGGUGGCUCCUCUUUCCUUUUUCCCAUUGAAACUAUUCUUGCCUACUUAGAUCUCUCUCUUUCCUUGCUGGUUGUGACUCCUGGCCUUACUUGACCUCCCAGGCUAAUAACCAAGGUGCUUCUCUUUUUCCUGGGACCAAGGAGUAGAAUCUAACUUCACCAGACACUGAGGAGAGUGGUAAUUAGAAGAGAGAGAGAACAUGGUUUUUGACCUUGUAGCAACACACCCUGGUAUCCAAAGAAGUUUGUAACUGUGGAAGCAAAGCCUAGGGAACACCUGAAUACUAACCAGCAGUUUUGAGGAGUGGGAGAUUGGGAUAUCUUCCAAUUCCAGAACUGUGGUAUGGCUUCAGGGAAAAGAUUACCUUAAUCCAGGCAAAGCAUCUAACUCCAUCAAAAAGUAAUUAAGGGAUUUCAUUCUGUGCCUCAGUUUUCUCAUUUGUAAAACGGAGAAUAUUUGGCUCUGAUUUAAGUUGUGCAGAGGAAUCAUAAUCAGAAGGUGACUCUGUCUCUCAUGAGGUUAUAUCCUGUUUGAGGAGAACCUCUGAUCAUUUCAUCAGACAUUUGAGUGCCUACUCUGUGCCCAGCACAGCACUGGGCACUGGAGAUAAAUGUGAAUUAGGACAUGAUCUCUGCCAUCAGAGAUGGCUGGUGGGAGAAAGGUACACAUGUCUAUGAAGUGCUUCUUGUUAGUUUAUUCAUAGCUGAAGGAGGCUGUUGCAAAAGUCAAGGCAAGAGGACUGAGUCAGGACAGAGGCAAUGGGUAUGAAGUUAAGGGGUUGAUUUUGAUAGCAGAUUCAGUAUUUAGAAGUUCAAAUUUUUGGACUUUGAGGACUGCGUGGAUGUGAGAGGUAAGGGAAAUGAGGAAUCUAGGAAGACUUAAGCCUAGGCAAAAUUUAUUCAUCCAAAAUAAAUUCUUACUCCCUCUCUUUAAAACUGGGACCUCCCCUAGUGACCCCUAACUCAUAUAAAUGUUUGAAAAGUCACAACCUUGGAGUUAUCCUUAAUUACUCUCUUUUCACUACUUCCACUACCUUACUACACUACUAGUACCCACUCCAUCAGAAAAUUCUUUUGGUUACAUUCCAGGUAUUUUCUGAAUCUGCUACCUCUCUCCGUCUUCUCUGUUAACCAUCCUGGUUCUAGCCACUGUCACCUACUGGACUACUAGAAUAUAGCGUCCUCAUUGGCUUCCCUGCUUCCUCUCUUGCCUUGUUAAGUAAUUUUUCUAUGUACUAGAGUGAUCUUUUGAAAAUGUAAACCAGGUCACAUUGUUCCCAAGUUAAAAUCCUCCAAAGGCUUCCCAUCACACUUGGAAUAAAAUCCAAAAUUCUUA